AUGAACGUGUCCACUGGCGCGCCCGUCACGGCCGAGGUGACUGGGCUCGCCGCGCUCGCGAGCCUCUCUCUCGCCGGGAACGGCAUCGUGGGCGCGGUGGCCGUGUCCGCGCUCCCGGAGCUCCGCUACGUCAAUGUUUCCGGAAACCAGCUCGGCGGCGGCCUCGACGGCUGGGACUUCCCGUCGCUCCCCAGCCUCGAGGUGUUCGACGCCUACGACAACAACUUCUCCUCCUCGCUCCCGGCCGGCGUGACGGCGCUGCCGCGGCUCCGAUACCUUGACCUCGGCGGCAAUUACUUCUCCGGGGUGAUACCCGCGUCGUACGGCGGGAUGCUGGCUCUGGAGUACCUGUCCCUCAACGGCAACAACCUGCAGGGCGCCAUCCCGCCGGAGCUCGGCAACCUGACGAGCCUCAGGGAGCUGUAUCUCGGGUACUACAACGCAUUCGACGGCGGCAUCCCGCCGGAGCUCGGCCGGCUGCGCAACCUCACCAUGCUGGACGUCUCCAACUGCGGCCUCACCGGGAGCAUCCCGUCGGAGCUGGGCGAGCUGGCCUCCCUCGACACGCUGUUCCUCCACACGAACCAGCUGACCGGCGAAAUCCCGCCGGAGCUCGGCAACCUCACGGCGCUCACCAGGCUGGACCUGUCCAACAACGCGCUCACCGGCGAGGUGCCGAGCACCCUGGCGUCCCUCACCUCGCUCCGGCUGCUCAACCUGUUCCUCAACCGGCUCCACGGCCCGGUCCCCGACUUCGUCGCUGCGAUGCCGCGGCUGGAGACGCUGCAGCUCUUCAUGAACAACUUGACCGGCCGCGUCCCGGCGGGCCUCGGCGCCAGCGCGGCGCUCCGGCUCGUCGACCUAUCGUCGAACCGGCUCACCGGCAUGAUCCCCGAGAUGCUGUGCUCCUCCGGCGAGCUGCACACCGCCAUCCUCAUGAACAACUUCCUCUUCGGCCCCAUCCCCGGGGCGCUCGGCUCGUGCGCGAGCCUCACCCGGGUCCGGUUCGGCCACAACUACCUCAACGGCAGCAUUCCCGCCGGCUUCCUCUACCUCCCGCGGCUCAACCUGCUGGAGCUGCAGAACAACCUGCUCUCCGGUCCGGUCCCGUCGAACCCGAGCCCGACCCUGACCGGUUCGGAGUCGCAGCUGGCCCAGCUCAACCUGUCCAACAACCUGCUGUCCGGGCCGCUGCCUGCCGCGCUGGCCAACCUCUCCGCUCUGCAGACGCUGCUGGUCAGCAACAACUGUCUCGCCGGCGCCGUGCCGCCGGAGGUAGGGGAGCUCCGGCUGCUCGUGAAGCUCGACCUCAGCGGCAAUGAGUUGUCCAGGCCGAUACCGGAGGCCAUCGGCCGGUGCGGACAGCUCACGUACAUUGACCUCAGCACCAACAAGCUGUCUGGGCCAAUCCCGGAGGCCAUCGCCGGGAUACGGGUGCUGAAUUACCUCAACCUGUCGAGGAACCAGCUCGAGGAGUCGAUCCCCGCCGCGAUCGGGGCGAUGAGCAGCCUCACGGCGGCCGACUUCUCCUACAACGACCUGUCCGGCCAGCUGCCAGACACGGGCCAGCUGCGGUACCUGAACGAGACGACGUUCGCGGGCAACCCGAGGCUGUGCGGGCCGGUGCUGAACCGGCCCUGCAACAUCAGCAGCGACGCCGGCGGGUCGACGGCCGUGAGCCCGCGGCGGGCGACGGCGGGGGACUACAAGCUGGUGUUCGCGCUGGGUCUGCUGGCGUGCUCGGUGAUCUUCGCCGCGGCGGCCGUGCUGCGCGCUCGGUCGUACCCCGGCGGCGGGCCGGACGGCGCGUGGCGGUUCACGGCGUUCCACAAGGUGGACUUCGGCAUCGCGGAGGUGAUCGAGUGCAUGAAGGACGGCAACAUGGUGGGCCGUGGCGGCGCCGGCGUGGUGUACACGGGACGAGCCCGGUCGGGCGGCGCGAUCGCCGUGAAGCGUCUGAACGGCGGCGGGCGGCACGACCACGGGUUCCGCACGGAGAUCCGGACGCUGGGCAGCAUCUGA